CACAAUUCAAAUUGUUUAAAUUUCUCAACGUUCCUCUCCCCUCUCUUGAGAUCUCACUGUUUGGUUUUCGGCGUCUUGCGGCAAACCAUUACUACCGUGCCUCCAGCACCGGCUUGGCCUUUUUCUUCUUCCUCGGCUUCUUCAUCUCUGCUAUGGAAACUCCAUUGUCCAUUGGAAGGGUUACUAGAUCUCAGACCAGUUCUUUACGUCUGAAGAAGACUAAGCAAGAAGAGGAAUCAUCAAGAUCCAUAAACAACGGGAACCACGAGAGAUUUGCGCUUCAAGAUAUCUCGAACGACUCCCCAAUCAAUGGCGUUGCAAUGGAGAAGACCCCCCUUUCUUCUGUUAUAAAGAAUUGUGCUCUGUCUAAGCAAACACCGGGAUCUGGAGAAGCUCUGCUUCGUGGACAAGUUAAAAUCCUCUUGGAGAAAGUUGAGGAGGAGGCGGAGCUCGUUAAUAAGCUAUCAAACAAGCACUCUGCACCUUUCGUGCCGUUUUUGGGCAUUCUUCCAAUUUCUCCGGCGUUGUUGGCAGCUCCAACCCCAGCCAACACCCCCCAAUUUCUCAACAGUUUCAAAGCGAAAGAAGAAGCAGGGGACAAUUCAGCUUAUGGUGUUGCUAUUGAAAAUGUUUCGAUCGUCCUUCCGAAGCAUGAGGAACAUCUCGAGCCACAGGAGUGUGUGAUCAAUAGAGCGCUGUUGUUUGAUUCACCAAGCAAAUCUGAAUCCUCAGACGUCCUCUCCAAUAUAUCUUCUUCAGUGACAUACCAAGGAAGCAUUAUCAGUUCUUCUUUUGACGACAAUUCCUCGAACUGGUCUAUCCAGGCCAAUGCUAGCGCCUAUGAAGACGAUGAAGAAGAUUACAUUGAAGAAUUUGAUGAAGAAGAAGAGGAAGAAGAGGAAGAUUACUACUUUGUGGAGAACGAAGAAGAGAAA